UUCCCAAAUAGCGAUUCGAACCAAGGACCGGUUACUUUUUGGCGGUUUUUUUGAAAAACCCUAAAAGCUUUUGGGGGAGAAGCAAAUUUAGAUCCGAGGCCAUGGCGGAUGAAUCGUGCCGCGAUUGGGAAGUUCUCACCAUGUCCACCGCCUCGAUCGAUCCCAAGAGCUCGGCCGCUGCAACUAAUUCCAGUGAUUCCAAGCAGCAGCUGGGAGAAUCGGAGGACAAGAACAAGGUGAGCAAGGAAAAGGAGGAGCUUACAGUGGGUAUGGCUGCCUGGUUGCAGCGGCAAUCCUCAGAGAUUGUCUUGCGCGCUCGCCAAUCCAAUCCGCUACUGUCUCUAGCAGUCGCGGCCGCCGCAGUGGUGGGUCUCGUGAUUUUGGGGCGGGGAUGGCAUCGCGAGCGCUGUGAGAAUCGGCUGCUAAGAUCACAGCUCGGCACGAGAGUUAUAACCAUUGAACUCUCGGACUUCUAGGAGCUUUUCUUCUCUUUCUCGCUCUUUUCUCUCCGAGCAUGAAUCAGGAAAGUUUCUCAAA